AUGAGUGGAACAAUUUUUGAUGCGGCUCUUUCGGGCCUAUUACAAUCGUUCUACCAUCAAUUUGAACGCAAUAUGAAGAAUUUUGAUCAAGGAUUUCAAAAUCGAAAUUAUAAAAUCCAAGAACUUGAUAAUUUCUUCUACAAUAUAUUCAUAUCAGUCCCUAAUUACUUACCAUCAUACUCUAGUUUCCUGAAAACGAUCAUCUCCAUCGCAUUACCAAAUAAAACUGCGUCUCUCGUUGUUAUGCUUACAAAAUUCAAUGACAGGCUGAAUAGUUACGAUAACAAUACGCAACAGUUUUCAAAUUAUCCAGGUAUAUCUAUAAAAACUACAGCAAAUCAGAACAAUUUCCUUAAUUUUUUAGCAGUCUUUGUUAUAUCAGAUAUUAUUCGAGAAUACUCAGUAGAAUUAAUAAAUAGGCAAUUAUUUCCAAAAGAUCUAAUUCCUAAGCUCAUUAAUUCGAUAUUUAUAUUAAGUCGCUUAAAAACACAGUUUACAAUGACCGAAUAUGAGUUAUUUCGUAAAUGGUCAAUUAUACUGAGUCGAGUUUCACAAAUAGAGAUGUCAGAAAUCAUUAAAUAUUUUCCACAAUUCAUCGAUGAACAUAAUCUCGGUCCAUUGAUCACGGUUUGCCAACAUAUUCAUGGAAAUGAACAGUUCGUUGAAGUAAUUUUCAACUACAUUCAGUUCUACAAACGAAAGAAAAUACUUACAAAUCCCAUUUUGACAUGUUUUGCAAACAUUAUCUCAUUAUCAACAUGUGGACUCGAAUGCUUAAACAAAAUCUUUGAUUUCUCUUGGAAUCUUCGUUCUUCAGAGCAAAAUAAAAGUGGAGCAAUCGACGUAAUUACAAGUCUCUUUCCAUUGAUACCUGAUAAGGCCCCAAGAGUUCAACAGUUCUACAAGAGCAGAGUUUACAAACAUACGCUUCUGUUGAAAAAUUGGAAAGAUCUGCAACUGCUUUUUUGA